CUCCUGUGGAAAUAUCGACAAAUCUAGUCUGUGCAGUACUAAGCUAGUCAUGUCGAUCAGUUGGUGUCGCACUCUGUCUCGGGGCCCAUUCUUUGGAUCUCUCCGCCAAUCUCACAGAACCUAUCCAGUUAGCGCUGGAUUUCUACGCUCAUCGUCGUUCAACUUCGUCAAUCCACACCACAAUGUUGUAGGCAACACGGACUGUGUGACACAAAAGCUUUUAGAAUCAGAUAUCGCAAGAUUAAGCGACGAGGAAGUGUUGUCAUUGUUUACUACCGGAUUCUUUGGCGGAUAUGUCUUUGCUUGCGAAAGGCUGAUCCUCAAAGCUGGGGGAUGGGAAUUAUUCCCAGCCCAGUUUUCAAAUUUUAAAGAUGACCCGGCAGCAAUGUCCAUCUGGAACCACACUGAGAUCCCAAGCACCAAGCUCUUACCACUUGGCAGCCGCUUAUUUGGCUCCUUCAAGUUGAUAGACAAGCAUAUCUCAAAGACUUCAGAGCUGGAGCCUAGCUACGUUGACUACGGAUAUGGCUCGGAUCGGUCUGGAUUCGCAGGAUGUCACCGAGUCCAGGUCACUCGGUCGCCCCAGACCGAGAUCAGGUUGCAGCAGUUCAUAUGUAAUCCGACCAAGAACAGCCCGUCGGCGGCGGGGUAUCUUGAGAAGUUUCACUUUGUUUAUGCCAAGUUGUUGUUUGCAGACGGGAUCCGGUCUGUCCUGACCGGUGAGUAGCAUUAUCCUGUACUUUAUCUUGUGUACCCCUGUUGUUCUCAUCUUUAGAGGUAUUGUUUGGGGCGUUUGUAUGAUAUUGACGAUGACCUUUCGAGCUCAGAUACUUUUUGUGGUAGACCUUACAUCUUUGAGGUCUUUGAUCUUAGGUGUUUUCUG